UUGGUGUUCUGUGCACAGCUAGCCUGUGCUCACGGGGCCUUCGAUUCAACUGCAUGAACGUCCGAAAUGUUGGGAUGCUAGUGGAACCGCGAAGUGGGUGAACCCCCAGUAAUCAGCCUGCGCAGCUGGAAAAGAGAUACCUGACUUAAGCCCUAGUCUCAGGAAGGACAUCUCUCCUCUGCCUGCAGGCUUCAGACCGUUAUGUGGACAAGAGGAUCUUAAGGAAGAAAUGGUAAUUCUCCAGUUGUUUCCUGAGGUGUCCAGUUGUGCCCCAUGGAGAUCCAAUUCAGUUGUGACUCUCAAGAGCAUCAUCACCUUCUAUCAGGUCCUACAUUGUAACUGAAGACCAGGCUCCAUGACUGCUCUAACAAAGUCUCUUCAGUCUUGAGGGAUAAUUCUAUUACAAGCUGACCACAAGUUUAACAUCUGCUUUCAUAAAAGAUGGUGAGACUAAGAUCAAGAUUGGAGAGCCAGCUUCAGAGGAGGAGAUGACAGGAAACAUCGAAACACUGACUGAAGAAUCUGGCAGCCUCCAGGAGGAUGCUCUCCAGAAUUCCAAAGGCAAAGAAUUCUGGGAAUUGGGGGAUGAAUUGAAUGACCAGAACCUCUUAAAAAGAAGACAGUAUAACUGUAAUGAAUGUGGCCAAAGCUUUGCUUGGAAUACAGGUCUUGUUAGGCACCAGAGAAUUCACUGGGAGAAAGCUUAUGAAUGUGAUGAGUGUGGGAAGGCCUUUCGUAUAAGCUCAGCCCUGGUUCUGCAUCAGAGGAUUCAUACUGGAGAGAAACCCUACCCUUGCAAUUGGUGUAUUAAAAGUUUUAGUAGGAGCUCAGACCUUAUUAAACAUCAAAGAAUCCACACUGGUGAAAAACCUUACAAAUGUGAUAAAUGUGGGAAAGCCUUCAGUCAGAGCUCAGAUCUUAUUAUACAUCAGAGAAUCCACACAGGAGAAAAACCCUAUCAAUGCAGUCAUUGUACUAAAAGUUUUAGCCAGCGCUCAGACAUGGUUAAACAUCAGAGAAUCCACACUGGGGAGAAGCCCUAUAUGUGUAACCAGUGUAACAAACAUUUCAGUCAGAGUUCUGAUCUUAUAAAACAUCAAAGAAUCCACACUGGGGAGAAACCAUAUAAGUGUGAUGUUUGUGGGAAAGCCUUCAGUCAGAGCUCCGAUCUUAUUCUACACAAGAGAAUCCAUACUGGGGAGAAGCCAUAUUCAUGUGGUCAGUGUAGCAAAAGUUUUAGUCAGAAUUCAGACCUUAUUAAACACAGAAGGAUUCACACUGGAGAGAAACCAUAUAAAUGCAAUGACUGUGGAAAGGCUUUUAAUCAGAGCUCAGUUCUUAUUCUGCAUCAAAGAAUUCAUACUGGAGAGAAACCCUAUCUAUGUAAUCAGUGUAUCAGAACCUUCAGUAGGCUUUCAGAUCUUAUUAAUCAUCAACGAAUUCACACUGGAGAGAAGCCUUACCCAUGCAGUCAGUGUAGUAGAAUGUUUAGUAGAAGGUCAGAUCUUGUUAAACAUUAUAGAACCCAUACUGGGGAGAAGCCCUAUGAAUGUGACGAAUGUGGUAAAACUUUUAGCCAGAGUUCCAACCUUAUUCUCCACCAGAGAAUCCACACUGGAGAAAAACCAUAUCCUUGCAGUGGUUGUUCUAAAAGUUUUAGUCGCCGUCCAGAUCUCAUAAAGCAUCAAAGGAUACAUACUGGAGAAAAACCAUAUACAUGUAAUCUGUGCAAUAAAAGUUUUAGUCAAAGUUCAGAUCUCACUAAACAUCAGAGAAUACAUUCUGGUGACAAGCCCUACCACUGUGACAGCUGUGACAAAGCCUUCAGUCAGAGUUCUGACCUUAUCCUUCACCACAGAAUCCACACGGGAGAAAAACCAUAUGCAUGUACACAGUGCACUAGAAGUUUCAGUCAGAAUUCAGACCUUACUAAACACCAGAGAAUCCACACUGGAGAGAAGCCAUAUAAAUGUAAUGUGUGUGGGAAGGCUUUCAGUCAGUGCUCAGCUCUAACCCUUCAUCAGAGAAUCCAUACUGGAGAGAAGCCAUACCCAUGUGUUCAAUGUGGCAAAAGCUUUAGUAGGCGCUCUGAUCUCGUUAACCAUCAAAGAAUCCACACUGGUGAAAACCUACAAAUAUGAUGCUCGUGGGAAACCCUUCAGCACCGUGACCAUUGUUACUGAACAUCCGAGGAUGCAGAUAGAAGAGAAGCUCUACCCUCAUGGUCAGGGUAGCAGAUGUUUUAACAAAUCUGAUAUUGGUAUUUUGAGAAAAUCCACCCUAGCCAGGUGGUGAUAGUGCAUGCCUUUAAUCUCAGCACCUGAGAGGCAAAGUCAGGAGGAUUUCUUAUUUCGAGGCUAGCCAGAUCUACAGAGCAAGCUCCAGGACAGCAAGGGCUACACAGAGAAACCCUGCCUGGGAGGGACAAAGAGAAAUAGGAAGGAAGGAAAAUAAAGGGAGAAAGAAAGAAAAAGGAAAGAUCCAUUCUGAGGAGGAAGACUGCAUAAAGGUGAUAAAUGUGGGAAAACCUGGAGUGCACAAAUUCUGGUACCAUACUAGAACAAAAAUCUUACCAUUGCUAUAAUGACCAUGAAAAAGGUUUUAAUCGAUGUCCAACCCAUGCUCCACUUAAAAAGUACUGGAAAAAUGAAUUUUAUAAGAAUUUAACUUUGAGCUCAGAAUUACUGAUAUUAAGAAAAUUCUAAGGGGCUCUGGGAAUUGUGUGAAAACCUUCAUUGUUCAUAAUUUUAAAAAAUGAAUCAGUAGACAAAAAAAUAGAAACUCUUACCUUUGCUAUAACCUAAGAGAAAUCUUUUAUUGAGUCAAUUCACAGAGAUAUCAUUAUAAAAAAUAUAAGGCAUUAAUGCAGAACUUACCAUUUUUUUAAAAAAUCAAUGUGGAAAGUCUCAAUCAAAAUUCUGAGGGAAAUAUAUUCAUAUCUCUCCUAGAAGCCCAAAUUUUUACUCAGUCUCAAUUACCAACUGCAUAUCAGAAGUUAUUUCAGAGAACGUAGGGAAACCUUAAAUCUUGUAAUUAAAAUGGUAUUAAUACUGACAUCACACAUAUCCUCUGAAAGAUGGAGAGUUGUGUCCUGUGCUCACCCUGAGUGUCUAUAAAUUCCCUGUGUAACCCCAUGUCCCUUUGUUGCAGUAAUUUGUUGUUGGUGGUCUAGUUUGGGUUUUCCUAGUGAGCAGGAGUCCCUGUGGUGGGCACAGCCAUACUAGUUUAACUUUCUGUUAUGAGGUCUGAAAUCACUUCACAGCCUCUGAACACAUGAAAAAAAUUAUUUUAAUGAAUCAUGUGACUAUUUUACCAUCAACUGAACAAAAAUGGAACUGUGGUAUUGUGGUACUGUAAAUACAGUAGUUCCAUGGUAUCCAUGGGGGAUAUGUCCCAAGGCAUAGAACUUCAUCAAUCAGCUGAUAGUCUUGCUAAAUUCAGAUAGACUACAGAUAGGCAAAGUGCAUCACCUUUUGUAUUAGUAAUAGAGGUUCUCAGUUCCUAAUUAACAGCUCCAACUUUGAGUGCCAGUGACUCGGAUCCUAGUGUUAGUGUCUUCGCUGCUCUUCUCACAGCCAGAACUACCAGAUACCAGCAGUUCGUGCAAUUUUUCUAACAGAUGGAGCUAGACGUUCCCAGCACUGGUUACCAGCCAUUCUCGGUGGUAACAGUUCUAAGGAAACCAGCCAGCCUGCUCCACCCCAGAAUCAUAAAUGUGCAAAACCAUCCAGCAGAGAUGCCAUCAGUACUUACGCUGCAGCAAUGCAUGGCUGGUGGCAGGAUGAGAGGAGCGGCAGAUUGUGUAGGCAAAAGGAAUGGACUCCCAUAUGUUCGGGGUGUCCCAUUGAGCAGCUGCAGGCUUUGUGCAAUUGUGGUUUGUGAGCAGGGGAAGGGCCCUUCGUGGGUAUGGCGACAACUGAACCAGCUACAGAGUGGCGGCAGCAUCGGCUACAAACAUGCUGUACAGCCAGAGCAGAAGUCUCUCGCUGUGGUGGCUGUGCAUUUCGGAAGACACGGGCCCUCCGUGUCACGUGGUCAGCACUGCAUCCCUAACGCCAUUCCGUUGCUUUAGUGCUUACUGCACACAUGGCUAUUACUUGCAUUUUGAAAUGUCAGAAUAAUAAUAAAUUUUCCCUUCACAAUUUCACGAAGAUUUAUUCUUACUGUAGACUGUAACAUCCUCCGAUUUUUCUCUUCCCUUAAAUGAAAACUUUCCACUCUUUCUGGUACAGGUAAUAAUAAUACUGUCUUCUCUUCAACCUGUCUUAAUUGCCAGCAUGAGUACUCUUCAUCUUGGGGCCAUUGUUCAGGAAAGUAAGGAUUAUUUGAACAUAAGCAAUGAGAGUAUGGAGACUGAAGGCCCGGACAGCCACCAAGUGACUAAUGGGGAAGAUAAUACAGGCAACGAUUCACGUCCUGGAGGAUGUGCAGAAGGUUCAAGGUUCAUGUGGCUCGUAAAUUGAAGUAUUUCUAGAAUUUCCCAUUUAUAUUUUAAGAACAAGCUUAACUAAGUAAUUAAAACUUCAGAAAGCCACACCAUGCAAGCAACUAUAAUUGACUGUCAUCUCUGACAUGUAAUUUCUAAAACCCUUUGACUUCCCUAAGUUAAAAAAAAAAAACCAAUUAAGACAGAGCCUGAAGAGAUGGCUCAGAAGUUAAGAACACUGGCUGCUCUUGCAGAGGAUGUGGGUUCAAAUUUCAGCACCCACAUGGCAGCUCAUGGCUCUCUGUAACUCCAGUUCCAGGGGAUUCAAUACCUUCUUCUUACCUCUAAAGGCACUGGGCACACAUGGCAUACAGGCAGACAAAGCAACUUAUACAGGCUUUUAAAAAUGUUUUUAAAGAACAAUUUUGUCUUGUUACAACAGACCCUCUUUAGCUCCACAAAAAUUUGUCAAUGAAGUAAUUUUGGGAAGACCUUAGAACCAUUGGAGCUGGUUGCCAGGGGAGCCAAUCGAUAGAGAACAAAAACUCGGUCCCAAUCCCCCCCAACUUGACCUCUGAGAAUAAAGUUCAAUUACCAGUGGCCAAUGAUUUGCUAAUAUAUAUGUAAGGAACCUUUAGAAAAGCCUGAAGGACAGGAUUUAGGGCAUCCAGGUUGUUGAAACUAAAGGUGGCACUCCUGAGAUGAAAGAUCUGCUCCUUCUAAAACACCUUGUCACAUGCAGCUCUUCUGACAUCUUGGGUUGUGCUCUUAUUUUAAUAACCACUAAUCUAGUAAAUAAACUGUUACCCUCAGUUUGGUAAAAUCAUUGCAGCAAAUGAUCAAACCCAUGGAUGGGUUUGUAGAAACUUCUGACAUAUAUUCAGCCCAAAGCACCAGUGAAGAAAACAGAUAUGCAAUCUUUGGCUAAAGUUGGAGGGAGCAGUCUUGGGGGACUGAGACUUCACCUGAGGACUCUGUGAUAAUUCUACCACAAGCUGUCCUCUGACCUCCACCAUGGCAUACUUGCGCGCGCGCAUACACACACACACACACACACCCCACCUCACUCCUCCAUCUUUCCCACACUUCUUCAUUCAUCCUAGUGGCAUCAGGAGCUGUGGUGUACCCUUUUGUCCAAUCAGCGCCACCCACAAAAUGUUCAUUGCAAUGAGUCAUUGUUCUGGUUCAAGGCCCCUGGCACACCAUCGCCAAAAGGCCCCUCACCAAAAUUCCUCUUGGAUAUCCUGCUGUUGCCCGAGUCAUGGAAAUCCUGCAGUUAUCAUUCCUCAGGACCAGUCCCUUCACACACCCCAGCAAAUCAUAGACGGGGUAGGCCAACCCCAGACCCCGCAUAUGGGUCUGGGUGGUAGCUGAGCUGGUCAGUCUGGGCCACUUGGACUGCCCUCCUUAGGCAAGGGGCAGAGCCAGUUCUCCUAGGCCCAUGCCAUCAUAACCUUGGACUUUUAUAUGCUGGGCAUGCACCUUGCCAUUGAGCUAUACUCCCACCAAGGUAUUUUUAACUUCAUAUUUUAUUUAUUCAUUGAUGUGUCUUAGGGGUUCUAUUGCUGUGAUAAGACAUGGCCAAAAGCAACUUGAGGAGGAAGGGGUUUAUUUCACCUUACAACUCUUAUGCCACACGCCAUCACUGAGGAAAAUCAGGGUAGAAACAAACAAAAGCCAUCUCAGAACACUAAUUCCUGGCUUGCUGCACCUGCUUUUUUACAGCACCCGGGACCACCUGUCCAGGCGUGGCACUGCCCACUUUGUGCUAGGCCCACCCAGAUCAGUCAUUAACCAAAAAUAUGCCCAACAGACUUGCCGACAGGCAACCCAGAUGGAGGCAUUUUCUCACGUGAAGUUCUGCUUUCCAAGAUAACGCUAGCAUGGGUCAAGUUGGCAAAAACAAGUAGAGCAGGUGGUAGAUGGUAAACUUCUUUAAUGUAUGCCAAACAUAGUUUGUUACAUGGUCUUAGCACAUAGCCUAGGUCAGCCUUCAACUUCGGAUCCUCCUGAAUCUGCUUCCCGAGUGAUGGGAUGUGCCACCACACCAGGCUCUCUAGUGUCUUGUGGGCUGCUAACUAUCUUAAUUGUUCUGGAACUUGUUUAUUUUUAUCCAAGUCUUCGCUCUUAAGUUUUGUUCAAGGCACAUUUAAUUUAGGGUUCUUUUCUGGACUUAAGACUUCCUGGUACUUUAACCCCAAACUUCUUCAACAUCACUACAAGCCAUUUGGGGCUAAUACAGUUAAGCAUUGUACAGUUUAGCUACCUCUCUGGCCUUUACCCAGUAGAUGCCAGUAGUGGACAUAUUCCCUGGUGGUGGGAGUUCAGCUCCAACCUGUCAAAGGGUUCUUGAGGGGAGGAGAGAGGAAUAAGGAAGUAUUAGAUAGAAAUAUAGGCAGAAAUGACAAGAAAGGCAGAGACACAGGAUAGCUUC